GCCGUGCCGCGCGUGCGCCCGCUGCCCCAGUGCGCCCACAACCUCACGGGCGUCGUGCUCGACCCCAUCUCCACGGCGCGCCUCGAUGCGUUCUGCUACAACGCUUCAGAAACCCGGGUGAACUCCUGCGACCCUUCGUUCGGAACGCGAUCUCCACCGCUGGUGAAAGGGACUUCGGCAAAACCCGGCUCGGAGUCAACGGCGACGCCAGAGCUUGGAGCGCGGACGACUGGCGCGAUCCCCAUCUCCCACCGCUCUCCAAUUGUCAACGGCCUCCCCACAAACUCACGAGCAGCGACAGCGCUCACGCCGUGCGCCGUGAUGGGAGUGGCGCACGCGGAGUCCCCGCGCGGACGCUACCGCCUCUCGCUCGAGGACGCGUGGGCGCUGUGUCGCGCUGCGGGCGCCGAACUCGCCACCCUGGAGCAGCUGCGCGUGGCGAACGCGCACGGAUUUCAGGUGUGCAGGAGCGGCUGGGUGCAGGGCGGUGUGAGCGCCGUGCCGCGCGUGCGCCCGCUGCCCCAGUGCGCCCACAACCUCACGGGCGUCGUGCUCGACCCCAUCUCCACGGCGCGCCUCGAUGCGUUCUGCUACAACGCUUCAGAAACCCGGGUGAACUCCUGCGACCCUUCGUUCGGAACGCGAUCUCCACCGCUGGUGAAAGGGACUUCGGCAAAACCCGGCUCGGAGUCAACGGCGACGCCAGAGCUUGGAGCGCGGACGACUGGCGCGAUCCCCAUCUCCCACCGCUCUCCAAUUGUCAACGGCCUCCCCACAAACUCACGAGCAGCGACAGGUUCGAACGCGACCCGACCAACUUCGGCUGCCAGGAUGAAUACGACCGCGGCGCCAGCUGGGGGUAACACCAGCGGAACCACAAGCAACGUUACGCUCCAGACAACCGCCGACCACGGCGCGGCGAGUUCGAGUUCCGCCCUGAGCACCACCUUACUGGACAACCUGACGUCAACGACGCUCAAUGCAACCCAAGGUGUCACGGCGGGAGGAACCAAAUCUCUGCUCAGUGACGAGGUCAUCAUAACCAUUGCUGUCAUCGGAGGAGUGAUUGCCCUGUGCCUGCUCGCCACCAUUAUUUAUGCCCUCGUUUUUGGCUGCGGCAAACGAAAGCAAGUGGACGUCUCCGACGGGAAGAACCGGAAGCCCAAGAAGGGCUCCGCCGAACUCAUGUCCCCCUACAUCGAGUUCCAGCCGAGGGGGUCGAAGGGCGACAGCCUGGAGAGCGUGCCGCUGCACACGCAGCCGGGCAGCGUGAACGGCGUGAACGGUUCGGCACACAUGGGCUUGUGAGGUGGGGAGGCGGGCGGGAGGGGGGGGGGCACCACCACCACCACUCUGCAGGCACCCUCCCCUGGCCGUCCCACGGCUCCCCCCUCCAUGUCCUGCACUCUUCUGUUGGGAUGCUAGGUUUCACACUUCGCCCCCCCCCCUCCUCCCCGCCUGGUUUGCGCUGCUUCAUGCAGGGCCACGCGGCCACCUGCCGUUUGGCGAUCGUUGCGCGUGCACGGGGAGUGGUAGUGUGGCGGUUAGUGCGCUGCGCUACGAACCCCGGUGACCCGAGUUCGAUUCCCGCUCACGGUCAACAAAGGUGACGGUUAUCUGAACC